AAGCAGCUCUCCGCGUGCGUGCGCCCGCGCUGGUGCACGCCCCCGGGUGAGCCUCGCGGUGGACGUGAUGCGGUGCUCUCAUUUCCAGCGGGCAGGCAGAGCGAGUCCACAGGACCGACUGAGGAACUCGCACCGGCGGGAUUUAGUUUGUCCUUAACUCUCAGGCUGCAGUCUGACCCCGGGACAGUUCGAGAGCGGGACCGAGCAGCACCAGAACAUCUGAGAGGAAGAAUAUGGAGCUUUUCUUUUGACAGCUGCGCCGCUGCCACACUGACAAACAUCAGUGACCGGGGGAGGUGAGCUGUCACCAUCCAUUCAGCUGCCAGAUGACUGACCAGCCCUGCAGGCGUGCAUCCUGACUGUCUCUGUCUCCGUUUGUGUCUGAACGUCCACGAUGACUUGGAGGGGACUCGACUGGUGGAUCCCCUGCUGACACCAUCGAUCCCCAGACAUCCGCUGCCGCUCCCCCCUUUCCUGACGCUUUGGUGUACCCAUUUUCUCUGGAACCCGCAUUCCUUUUUAAGCUUCCAUCAUGGCCAGCCUGGUGCUCAACGAGACUGGAAUGGAGGACUGCGGCAUCGACGACUCUUUCAAGUACAACCUGUACUCGGUGGUUUACAGUGUGGUCUUUGUCCUGGGCCUGAUCACCAACUGCGCUGCCCUCUUUGUUUUCUGCUUCCGGAUGAAGAUGCGCAACGAGACCACCAUGUUCAUGACUAAUUUAGCGUUAUCCGAUUUAGUAUUUGUCUUCACGCUGCCGUUCAAGGUCUUCUACAAUGUGAACCGCCACUGGCCAUUUGGAGACGGGCUGUGCAAGGUAUCAGGAACAGCCUUCAUCACCAACAUCUAUGGCAGCAUGCUCUUCCUCACCUGCAUCAGUGUGGACCGCUUCCUGGCGAUAGUCUACCCUUUCCGCUCCCGCUCCAUCCGCACCCGCAGGAACGCGGCGCUGGUGUGUGCCGCCGUGUGGCUGACCAUCGUAGGCGGCGGGAUAUCGGUGACCUUCUUCUCCACCAUCAACAGCACAAACAGAGCCACCACGUGUUUCGAGGGCUUCUCCAAGAGCACCUGGAGGACUUACCUGUCCAAAAUCACCAUCUUCAUCGAGAUUGUGGGCUUCCUUCUCCCUCUCCUGGCCAACUUGGUAUGUUCCUCUCUUGUACUGCGGACGCUGCGGCGCCCGGUGACUGUCGGUCAUGGCUGUGACAGUAAGAGACGUGUCCUACGGAUGAUUCUGGUCCAUCUUGGCAUCUUCAUCAUCUGCUUCGUCCCCUAUAACUCCAUCCUCUUCCUGUACGCCCUGGUGCGGACCCAGGCCCUGGCUAACUGCGCCGUGGAGCGCUUCGCCCGAACUCUCUACCCCAUCACUCUCUGCCUGGCCAGCCUCAACUGCUGCCUGGACCCUGUGGUGUACUACUUCACCUCAGAGAGCUUCCAAAAAAGCCUGACCAUGGGAGGAAAAGGGUCCGGCUCCCGGCCUGAGAGCAUCCCCCGCAGCGACACGGAGACCCAGGACACAGCAAACACACUCCCCAGAGACACACACACCGUGGCCAGCAACGGGAAAGACUCAAAGAUGUCUGAGAGUCAGUUCUGACUCAGCAGGGAAGACAGAAGGUGAAGAAGGACACGGUGGGUUUGAGUUAAAAAAUAAAGCAAUCAGCUGUUUGUUCCUUGAAGUGGCAAACACAUAACUCAGCAGAUUAGUUUAGUCCUGAGGUAAGUCCUGAGGUAUGGCCUGGGCUUUACGGAUUAAUCCACCACUGGAGAGCAGAGGAAUGUAUCUGUGUGUGUUUGUUAUGAGACACUACAGGGACCAGAGACCCAGCCACACGGGGACUAAUGUCCAGAGACACGCCGAGCCUGUAAAAGAGACUCCAACACAUCAUCACUCAGGCUUAACACACACACACACAAACACUCACGAACGCACUGGAUUGUGGAGGAGAUGGAGAGAUUUCCGUCCGCAUUGUUGAAAUAUGCUGUUUAGUACUUUUGUAAUACACUGAGCCCAUAAAUUGUAUUGCUCUAAAGUCCAAGCUUUCACAGUACAUUGUAUCAUUGUAGACAUUGAUGUUAUGACACUAUAAAGUUUGGUGAGAGCCAUUGUUAUGAUAACACAGCAGCGCGCUGACCUGCUGAGUUAAAUGUGUCUCAUGUUGAAGUUUGAGGCCAUUAAAUGUCUAUUUUGAAUCUCUUUCGUGGCUG